AUAUAUAUAUAUAUAUAUAUGCAUCUCUUCACUGUUUUUUAAUGGUUGCGUGAAGCAAAAGCUUGGAAUAUUUGUGUGUGUUUCAUUUUCGUUACUAGGAACUGAGAGAAGCAAGAACAAUAAAAUUAAAAAAAAGAUCUGAGUUUUUUGAGUUUCAGUUUUCUCGAAAAAUGGGGAAGAAAGAUCAGUCCAGAGAAGAAGAGAAACUGAACCAAAGAGUUGAAUCAGUUCUUCAACUCGUUAAGAAACAAUCUCCUCCAUUAACACCCAAACAGGAGAAGUUCUGCAACAAUGCUUGUAUCGAGAGGUUUCUAAGAGCAAAAGGUGACAAUGUGAAGAAAGCUGCUAAACAUUUACGUGCUUGUCUUGCUUGGAGAGAAACCAUUGGCACUGAAAAUUUGAUAGCAGAUGAGUUCUCGACUGAAAUAGCUGAAGGAGUUGCUUAUGUAGCUGGCCAUGAUGAAGAAUUAAGACCCAUCAUUGUUUUAAGGAUCAAACAAGAUUACCAAAAAUUCCACUCUCAGAAACUGUUCACACGUUUGCUGGUUUUCACAUUGGAAGUUGCCAUAGCAACCAUGCCUAAAAACACCCAACAGUUUGUUCUACUCUUAGAUGCAAGCUUUUUCAGAUCAGCAUCUGCUUUUAUGAACCUAUUGCUGGCAGCAUUGAAAAUUGUGGGCGAGUACUACCCUGGACGGCUUUACAAGGCCUUUGUCAUCGACCCUCCUUCCCUCUUUUCUUACCUUUGGAAGGGAGUGCGUCCAUUUGUGGAGCUAUCAACGGCCACGAUGGUGGUUUCAUCGCUUGAUUACGAAGAGUCACUUGAUUUCAACGAUUUCACAUCGUACCCGAGAGCAUCAUCUCUUAGGUUUGACCCGUCGUCAAUCAAAUCAACGGCCAAGAUCGGUUCCUGUUCAUCAUCCCGAUUCUCCUUCACCGUAUCCCAUCAUUUCGACUCCCUCAAGCCAUGGUACCUCACCUUGACAAGCGACACGUCAGCAUCCAAAGUCGGACCCACCGCCAGCCCCUCCCCACUGGGCCCCGCCCUGAUCUCGCCGCUCAACGCCCGGUCUCUCUCCUUCGCAUCGCCUGCCGCCAGAACGCCACGUGGGAACAUCAGCAUGAGGAAGAGCUUGUUCCCGUCUACACCCUUACCGCAGCGUAGCAAAGCCUUCGAGCCUGUCAAAGUCAACCACCCGAGGACACCGAGACCCUCUUUCCUCCAAUCGCCGGCGAUGUUUUUCCGACGAGAUAGCCACGUCAGCACCAAGGCGGAAAAGUCCCGUGAAUCGUUCAUGCCGUUUUUGAAAUUCUACCGUAGGCCGUACGACGAGAUGAUUUACCGGUCAAUGAUGCGGCCCCCACUAGGUGGCUUAAUCUCCAUCGUUAAACGUCGCCACAUGUCGGUAUCUCAACGGUUCUAGAUCAAAGUUACAAAAAAGAGAAAAGAGGAAAAAAAAAAAAGUGCGGAAAAGGGUGCAUAGUGCUUCUAUAUUUUUACAUUGACUUCAAAAGUGUUUAAAACAACACUACUAAAUUACUAAUAAUUCGAUUAAUUAUUUGUUUACUUUUUAUAA